UCCCGCGGGAUUCAGCGCUCCCGUCCCUCCCCUCCGCCCGGCUGAGCCGGAGGGCUUCGCCGCCGUUUUUCACAGCUGGGCACCUGGAUGGGAGCAGAAGUUGAUGGUGGCUCGAGAUAUUUGUGGGGGUUAAAAGGUUUGGACUACAGUUGAAUAAAACAAGGGCUGAAAAUUGAAGGAUGGCAGCAAAUCCUUCAGGACAAGGUUUCCAGAAUAAAAAUAGGGUUGCAAUCCUGGCAGAACUAGACAAGGAGAAGAGAAAGUUACUUAUGCAAAACCAGUCUUCCACAAAUCACCCUGGAGCCAGCAUUGCACUUGCAAGAUCACCUCUGAACAAGGAUUUCCGUGAUCAUGCUGAGCAACAGCACAUCGCAGCACAGCAGAAGGCUGCACUGCAGCAUGCACACGCACAUUCCUCAGGAUACUUCAUAACUCAAGACUCUGCGUUUGGAAAUCUUAUUCUUCCUGUCUUACCUCGAAUUGAGGCAGAAUGAGGAGUGUUGUUUCUCAGAACUUCAAGAUCUGUGUCUCUAGCAGGAGCUGUCUGACCUUUUAAUUUCUUUACAUAUCUUCAAAUCUAUUUUUUUCUGUAUUUUUACAGUUACCUUCCAGGAAUGUGAGCUGUCAUGAUGGGGAAGUAGUGUUGUUGAACAACAAUUUUUAUCCUGUAUUACUGUUCCUCUGUCAGGUCAAAGUCAAAUGUAAGACUUCCUUGUGUUUGAAGUGCACAGGGUUUGCUCCUCCCUGUUUCAGUGCUUCCUUUAAAUAAACAUCCAAAACAGAGUCAUCAAGAGAUGCACAUGUGCUCUGUCACUAUUUGUGUUUCUUUUUAUUGUGUAGAGGUACAAUAUUUCACUUCGAUGGAAGACAAAAGUUACUUUUGUCCAUCAAAACAGAUGAAUUUAUCAAAUCCAUCAGUCAGUCUUCCUCCCCCCUCCUGCCCCCUUGUAUGCAGGUGUUUCUAGUGUGCUGUUUGCUGUUGUGGUAUCAUCUGAUCUCAAGUCUUUAGUUACAGUGUGCAUACCUCUUACCUUGUUUUGGGAAAUAUGAAAGUGAAUUAAAGUGGGGAAAAAGGCAAUUGUUUCAAACAGGCUUUUUACAGGCAAAAGAAGUCAUAAAUUCUCUGGACAUCUCAGAUGGAAGGUGUUGUCUGCAAAGACAACGCAGUUUGAAAGGUCAUAUUUUUCUAAUGAUGCCUUUUCCAAUACUUACUGUGUUUAAUUUUUGUUUGCUUAUUUUUUUUUGUGUUUUUAUCUGUGGUAAACAGAUCUGCAUCCUGCUGAAAGAAAGUCUAUUGAUCUAUAGUAAAUUAUUUUGGAAUUAUGGUCAUACUACCAGGAUAAAGUAACUUAGAGUGAAAAAUAGUCCACAUAGAUGUUCUUAUAUCUCCACAGUUUUAGUUAUAAAAUUAUGCUGGUACAUUGAUUAUUUUACUUAUGGAGACAAAGUUUAGAAAAUAAAAAACAACAAGAAAAUGUAUGUCAGAAUGAGAAAUCAGAAAGCAUCUGUUAAAUUGGUGCCCAUUUGAAGUAGCUCCAUCCUUUGCAGAAACUUAGGUGUCCCAUGAAGUUUCCAGGGUUGUAGCCUAAAAAUUUCCGUAGGGACAUCCAGGGUAUCCUGUUUCCAUUUGCAGGGGAUUGCCUCUAGCCAGUAUGCCCUACUGAACUGUAAGCACUGUUAACAUUUUUAUUACUCAUGAGUACAGAACAAGUACCAAGAGAGGGUGCAGGUAUGAGGAAAAUGCCACUGCUCUCAUGUACCACAGCUGAGUAUAGAGCUUUGCAGAAGCUGGAGCAUACUGAAACAUUUUCAAGAAGGAGGAUCUUGUGGAGCCGCCUCAUAGAGCUUAAAGGUGUGCAGUUUUAACAUGAAGUGUUCAUACCACAUGCUUUUUUGAGGGCUCUGAUGUGGUGAGUUAUGGGAAUGAUGGUGAGUUUUCUGGGCAGUGGAGAAAGAAGUCACUUCUGGGGUCAGUGUUAGGCUCUGUGUAGCUUUUUAAUACGAAGAGUAGCUACUCUAUGAAAUUGUUCUGACUACUCAUUAUUCUAUAAUAUGACCUGAGUAUCUUAGAUGCUUUGAAGAAAAAGAUCUGAAAAAUCUCAGUGUAGAACAGGCACUCACGAAGCAGUCCAAGCCUGGAAAUGUGCAAAGGCAGAGAAGUUAAAGCAGACACAGCAGAAAGUUUGGAUUUUAUACUUUAGUUGAAUUUCACAUUAAAGGGGCUCUGUGCUAACCGUUUGAGCUACAGAAUCAAUCAGUGCUGCUGUACAGUCUGCAUUGGAUCCAGGCAAUGAAACAGUAAAGAUCCUUCUUUGGAAAGUUAUAGUUGCCCCCCUGAAGGAGUUAACACUU